AGGAAGCACACGUGACAGGUAUCAAAUACAUUCCAUUCGCUCCAUUCCAGCAUUUUAUUAUGAGCCGUUCUCCCCUCAGCAGCCUCCACUGAAGUCACGGGCUUCUCAGAGAGAAGCAUGCUACAGAACAUGUCAGGGGUGAGCAGUGGGCAUACCAGGAGGCGAGAGGAGUUUAAGGUUGUGAUAGUAGGUGAUGGUGGAUGUGGGAAAACCUCCCUACUCCAGGUUUGCACUAAAGGAGACUUUCCAGAGAAAUACGUACCAUCUGUGUUUGAAAAAUGUGUCGCCAACGUGAGGUACAGAGGCGCUGAGUUUCGUCUGAACAUCUACGAUACUGCAGGUCAAGAGGACUAUGACCGAUUACGCCCUCUGUCCUAUCAGAGUGCCAACCUGAUAUUGAUCUGCUAUGAUGUCACUUGCCCAUCAAGUUAUGACAAUUUGCUAAUCAAGUGGUUCCCCGAGGUGCAUCACUUCUGCCGUGGCGUGCCCAUUAUACUGGUAGGAUGCAAAACAGACCUGCGGAAAGACAAGGUCUUGGCAAAGAAACUGUGGUCUUCAGGCGAGAACCCCAUCACAUACAUCCAGGGUGAAGAGACCAAAAGGAAGAUCAACGCUGACCUCUACUUGGAGUGUUCAGCCAAAUACAAGGAGAAUGUGGAGGACAUAUUCAGAGAGGCUAUCAAACGAGCCAUUGCAGCAACAAGGAAGGCAAAAUGGAAAGGAUUCUGUGCCUUUCUGUGACCCAAGAGAUAAUGCUAUCCCCCACCGUGAGCUCCUGAUAGACAGUGCUCUAGACCUAUACUCUCAGGGAAAACACAGAUGACUCCUCCCUACGACAAGUCCUCUUACACUUUUGAUGCUGCGUGUCCACUUCAUUUUACCCUGUGCUAACCCACUUCCUUUGUGGUUUUCCUUCCUGCUAACUCGACAUAUCUUCUAAAUGUAUUUCUUUAAAAGAAACGGACAAUGCCCUCAAGUUAUAGACCCACAAAUAAGGAAAUUGGGUCUUCAACAAUUUGAGCAGGACAUUGCAAAUAAUUGAAGGUACCAUUGUUUUCCAUAUUGAUGCAUCCAAUAUUUUUCAUUCAAAAGAAGGUUGACUCUCUAACAGUAAUUCAAAGUACAUCUCGUAUAAGUAUUUAAAAACACUUUAAUAUGAAUAAAUGAAGCAACAUAAGAUGGAUUUUCUUAUUCUUUAUUCAGUAGGCAUAGGGUUGUUAUGCAUAACAUAAUCAAAUAUACAAAAUGCACAAUGAUUGUCUAAUAAAGAGGUCAUAUCAAUCCAAUCCUCUGCCCUUUGGAGUCUCACCACAAUGUAACAGAAAUACAGUAUAAGACAAUGAUUUGGCACCAGACAAUGCAGUG